CUGCGUGACGUCUGCGCUCCUCGCAGCUCUUCUCUCGCGGCCUCCCAGUUCUUGCCUAUUUUGGAAGAGAGCCGCAGCCCUUCUGCUGAUGCGCGCGCGCUGGCGCCUUUUUAAGGCAACUGGCAGAGUGGCGGCUUCGCCAGAGCUCAGGAGCUGCCCCCGCCCCCUGAACGGUAGAGUCCUGGCCGGUCUUGGAAGCCCCCCGGAGCCAUCGCUCCAUCCCAUGCCCAUCCUAAUGCCCUCCAUCAUUGUGGGGGACAUUUCAACCUUGGAGAGAGGAGGUCUUGCCCUUAACCCCUCGCCCCCCCCGCCCCCAACAGAGGAGACUGUCUUAUAGAAACCUUGGAAGCAAACAAGAUGCCAGGCCUAUCCGUGCUUGGAGAUCCUACUACAGACAAGGCCACAGAGGGACAACACCAGGUCUUAGGUGGGUUUUCUGGACAAACUUCUGGAUCCCAUGAACUUCAGGACCAGACAACCAGGUCGCUGCUUACAAACAUCUGCUUCCACUGAAGGCUUCUUGCAGCCCACCAGCUCUGAAACUUUCUGGAGUCAAACCUCUCCUAGAUUGCCUACAAGUGCCACUUGGCUUCUGGAUGGAAAUGUGGCCCUGCUGGACACUCCCCAGAGCCAUGUGGACCCAGCCCCUUGGACCCUCUGCCUAGUUCCGAUGAUAACCUGACAGGGGACAUGACCUACUUGGCCAUUCCGGAGGAGAUGUGCAAUUUCCAGACAUCUGCAGGUCUCCACUCUGGACUAGGGUUAGGGACUCAGAGUGGAUCUGACCUAGAUCGACAUUUGUGGUUCCGAGUGUAGCUCUCUGGAGCUUGAAUGGUGUGUCCAAGGGGCACCCAUUGCCAGGGCCACACCUUCAAUGCACAAAGGGGGAAACUAAGGCAGUCUUCAAAGAGACAUCAUUUGCCGAGGUCACAAGGCAAGACAGUAUAUUUGUUGUUGAGAUUAGAACCCAGAAUUCUGCCUCCUCACCUCAGAGUCCAGCUUUUGGAAAAUACUUAGGGUCACUGUGCUGUGUGUGAACCAAAGACCUGUUUCAGGAUCUACCUCUCUUGUGGACAUGACCCUUGGGUUAGUUUACUCUAUCAGUCCUCAGUCACCCAAGACAGAUGACCUCCAAGGAACUCCCACUUCAGAUGGGCCUCUGAAAUGGGUAUUUGGGCUGUCUGAGGGACCGUGCUGAGAGGAUUGUCUUCCUUCCACAAGACUGAAGUUAAGGAAACUGCAGACGGUAGUGACUUCAGGCACUGGCCAUGCACACUGCUCUGAGGAUCACCAGGGGUCUGUUUGUGCAUUUUGGACCCCGUCAGAUUCCUCCAAUGUUUCCCCGACAGGUGGCAAAGAUUAACUAAUAGAGGAAGGAGGACUCACAACACACCACAGUGGAGAUGUUUGUGUUCCUGUGCUGCUAAGUAAAUAUGAUCAAGGCCAAAUUCAGGUGGUCUCUUCUCCACAGGACCACCAUUCCACCUGAUCCUGGAGAUUUAGACCCUCAGGCCAGGUCACGGAGGCGAAGAAGGAAUUAUUUAUUUGAAACUGGCUAAGAGACUUUCAGAUUGAAUAGACUCCAGAAAAGACCCCUAGUUGUGACCUCGCCCGGUCCCCAAAGCCAAGGAAAGCCCCUCAUGUGAUUUUUGACCUCUGCCUGGCAGAUGGCAGCAAAUUGGCAGAGGACCAAGCCCCUUCUCAUCCUUUGCCUCCUUAGAAAAAACAAUCAAUGUUUAUAGCAGCCCCUCCUUGUCUUCUACAAACUCUCCUGAUAAGGGCUUCAGACCACCCUAACCCGUGUACUGUCCCUCCUCCCAAUAGAAUACAAUGGAAAACCUGGGUCCCUGCACCCCAUUCCUAGCUCUGCACAGCUCUCGCCAGCCGGCCCCCUCCGCACCCUCCCUUCUGCCCCUUCCCCCGCCCCCUCCCUCUCCCGUUCGACGUCACGAGAUGACGUCGGAAGCCAGGGAGGGAGGAGGAGCACCCCCCUCCCCAGCCAGUGGCUCCCGCUGCAGCUUGCUUUAGCCCAGCCUCCCGCCUCCCGCUCCCCCCCGUCUCUAAAACGAGCCCCCCCACGCCUGUCAGGAGCUAUAUAAGGCGGAUCGAGGCAGGCGAGGGGGGCAGCGCUGCCGAGCGGAGCCCAGGAGUGGAGCGAGAGCGAGCAAGAGCCUGGGCGAAAAGACCGGGAAGCAAGGAAGAGGAAGCCUCCGGUGCAUCGGGAAAGGACCGCAGGUGUUCGGGAGCCGGAGCUGGAGCUCCACGGCCGGCAGUCAUGUACCGAUCCACCAAGGGCGCCUCCAAGGCGCGCCGCGACCAGAUCAACGCCGAGAUUCGGAACCUCAAGGAACUGCUGCCGUUGGCUGAAGCGGACAAGGUCCGGCUGUCCUACCUGCACAUCAUGAGUCUUGCCUGCAUCUACACUCGCAAGGGUGUCUUCUUUGCUGGAGGCACUCCUUUGGCUGGCCCCACGGGGCUUCUCUCUGCUCAAGAGCUUGAAGACAUAGUGGCAGCACUACCUGGAUUUCUACUUGUGUUCACAGCUGAGGGGAAGUUGCUAUACCUGUCGGAGAGUGUGAGCGAGCAUCUGGGCCAUUCUAUGGUGGAUCUGGUUGCCCAGGGUGACAGUAUUUACGACAUCAUUGACCCUGCUGACCAUCUCACUGUGCGCCAGCAGCUCACCAUGCCCUCUGCUCUGGAUGCUGAUCGCCUUUUCCGUUGUCGAUUUAACACAUCCAAGUCCCUCCGGCGCCAGAGUGCAGGCAACAAACUGGUGCUUAUUCGAGGUCGAUUCCAUGCUCACCCACCUGGGGCCUACUGGGCAGGAAACCCCGUGUUCACAGCUUUCUGUGCCCCACUGGAGCCAAGACCCCGUCCCGGCCCUGGCCCUGGCCCUGGCCCUGGUCCUGCCUCUCUCUUCCUGGCCAUGUUCCAGAGCCGGCAUGCUAAGGACCUAGCCCUACUGGACAUUUCUGAAAGUGUCCUAAUCUACCUGGGCUUUGAGCGCAGCGAACUGCUCUGUAAAUCAUGGUAUGGACUGCUACACCCCGAGGACCUGGCCCACGCUUCUUCUCAACACUACCGCCUGUUGGCUGAAAAUGGAGAUAUUCAGGCUGAAAUGGUGGUGAGACUUCAAGCCAAGCAUGGAGGCUGGACAUGGAUUUACUGCAUGCUAUACUCGGAUGGUCCAGAAGGCCCUAUUACUGCCAAUAACUACCCUAUCAGUGACACGGAAGCCUGGAGUCUUCGCCAGCAGCUAAACUCUGAAAACACCCAGGCAGCCUAUGUCCUAGGAACCCCAGCUGUGCUACCCUCAUUCUCUGAGAAUGUCUUCUCCCAGGAGCACUGCUCUAAUCCACUCUUUACACCAGCCCUGGGGACUCCUAGAAGUGCCAGCUUCCCCAGGGCCCCUGAACUAGGUGUGAUCUCAACAUCAGAAGAGCUUGCCCAACCCUCCAAAGAACUGGACUUCAGUUACCUGCCAUUCCCUGCAAGGCCUGAGCCUUCCCUCCAAGCAGACUUGAGCAAGGAUUUGGUGUGUACUCCACCUUACACACCCCACCAGCCAGGAGGCUGCGCCUUCCUCUUCAGCCUCCAUGAACCCUUCCAGACUCACUUGCCCCCUCCAUCCAGCUCUCUCCAAGAACAGCUGACGCCAAGCACGGUGACUUUCUCUGAACAGUUGACACCAAGCAGUGCAACCUUCCCAGAUCCACUAACCAGUUCACUACAAGGACAGUUGACUGAAAGCUCAGCCAGAAGCUUUGAAGAACAAUUGACUCCGUGCACCUCUACCUUCCCUGACCAGCUGCUUCCCAGCACUGCCACGUUCCCAGAACCUCUGGGUAGCCCCACCCAUGAGCAGCUGACUCCUCCCAGCACAGCAUUCCAAGCACAUCUGAACAGUCCUAGCCAAACCUUCCCAGAGCAACUGAGCCCUAAUCCUACCAAGACUUACUUCGCCCAGGAGGGAUGCAGUUUUCUCUAUGAGAAGUUGCCCCCAAGUCCUAGCAGCCCUGGUAAUGGGGACUGUACACUCUUGGCCCUAGCUCAACUCCGGGGUCCCCUCUCUGUGGACGUCCCCCUGGUGCCUGAAGGCCUGCUCACACCUGAGGCCUCUCCAGUCAAGCAAAGUUUCUUCCACUAUACAGAGAAAGAGCAGAAUGAGAUAGAUCGUCUCAUCCAGCAGAUCAGCCAGUUGGCUCAGGGCAUGGACAGGCCCUUCUCAGCUGAGGCUGGCACUGGGGGGCUGGAGCCACUUGGAGGGCUGGAGCCCCUGAACCCCAACCUGUCCCUGUCAGGGGCUGGACCCCCUGUGCUUAGCCUGGAUCUUAAACCCUGGAAAUGCCAGGAGCUGGACUUCUUGGUUGACCCUGAUAAUUUAUUCCUGGAAGAGACGCCAGUGGAAGACAUCUUCAUGGAUCUUUCUACUCCAGACCCCAAUGGGGAAUGGGGUUCAGGGGAUCCUGAGGCAGAGGUCCCAGGAGGGACCCUGUCACCUUGCAACAACCUGUCCCCAGAAGAUCACAGCUUCCUGGAGGACUUGGCCACCUAUGAAACCGCCUUUGAGACAGGUGUCUCAACAUUCCCCUAUGAAGGGUUUGCUGAUGAGUUGCAUCAACUCCAGAGCCAAGUUCAAGACAGCUUCCAUGAAGAUGGAAGUGGAGGGGAACCAACGUUUUGAAUAAGUCUGUGACUUAACGUCGUCAAGUAUGGCAUAUUGUCAUCAAGACGUGGAGCCGCUCUCCACCCCCCCGGGACUGUUGGGGGGAUUCUGGGGGCCAGAGGGGGAUAUAUCUGAUUCUCCAGGCCCUGAAGGAUUUAGGGGGGAGGUGGGAGGGCAAGGGAGGGGAGCAACUUUUUAAAAUCAAGGGACUUCGAGCGAUCCCAAUUUCCAUUUCAAUCUGUAUUCACUCGUAGUGAGCUUCCUUGAAUGGAUUUCAAGCGGAAAAUGGGGGAGUCUCACUUCCCCACCGCGCUGCCCCAUGGGCCUGGGCCAGUUCUCCGCUCCUAGGGGCCAAGCCACCCCUAGGCUUUGGUGGGGGAAAGGCAUGGCCCACCUGGGGCUAGCCUGUGCCCUGAGGGGCUCUUGACACCCACGUAGAAUUCUCUACAAACCAGUAACGGGAUUUCAAUUCCGACGGACUCUGCCGCCCUGGCGGCCCUUCCUGUGACUUUUGUGCCCCGCGCCUGGGGUGGGGGGCGCGAAGAGACGCUACAUUCCUUUCCGAUGGAGGAAGGCAGAUCUGCCGUCACACGUGUGCUUGCACGAGUGCGUGUACCUGGUGCGGGACUCACCCGGCCGCCAGACCGCCUAGGCUUGCCCAGGUGGCCACCUCGUGGUGCUGCGGUGACUUUGUAGCCAACUUUAUAAUAAAGUCCAGUUUGCCUUUUUGGUA